GUGCGACAUAUUUCUCCUGGCACAGACCGGCGGCGAUCCAGUCCGCUUAUUGUACACGACCGUGAGGGACCAGAUGAGGGCGUUCCACUCGAGGCGAGGGGAUUGGGGAGAUCGUGACCUCUCCGAUGCCGAGGCGGCUGAUUGCAAGGGGGACAGUAAGACCGAGCGAUGUGCAGCGUGGUGGUUCGAGCAUGGACGUGCCCACCCGGAGUUGCGCACCAUCACCAUCCGUGUCAUGCACUUGUGGACGUUUGCCUCUCCAGCAGAGAGGAACUGGGCGGAGCACGAGCGCGUUAAUACGGCAAGGCGAUGCAAGCUUGGGUUCGCCAAGCUUGCACAGCUGGUUGAGAUUGCCACCAAUCUCAAACUGACCUCGUGCGCACGGCAGGGUGGUGGCUACGUGUUGCCAUGGGUUAUGGGGACCGGUCGGGGGGGGACGGCGGUAGAGGAGGAGGAUGAGGAGGGAGAUGUGGAGCCCGAGGUGUGGGGAGCGCGCCCUGAUGGCAGUGUUCUCAAGCAGGAGAUCCAACGGCAGAUUGUCGCUUUCCGUGACAGACGACUGUCCAGAGCCCGUUCGGUUCGGGACGUGUUCGGCAGCAGAGCGACGGAGCUGCGAUCAUGGCCAGAGGGUGGGGAUGAUGUGGACGCUGCUGCGGCAGGCGAUGACAUCGACGACGACUGGACUGACGAUGAUGACACGCCGCUGAGUCGCGACCCGACGGCUGAGCGAGUGUACUUCACUUACAGUGGGGGUCGUGACGGCAUGGAUUCACACACAUCAGUUAUCACUGGUGGUGUGCCGUCGACCACGCAGGUGAGUGGCAGCAGCAGAGUCGGCGGUGGUCUUGGAGGACGUUCGCAUGCGGAGAUUCGCCUGGACGACUCGAGGGAGCAGCAGCCACGGGGAGGUCUUCGGCACACAGGCAGACGUUGGGAGGUUAGAAGCGACAACGAGGCCGAGGGGGUGCCCCUUCGCGAUCGUCGCUUCUCUCCCUCCCAUCAUCCGAUCUCUGCACAGCCCGAGGCACUUAGGCAUUCAGAGAGGUUGGCGUCGGCAGUAGGCAGAGACCGAACACAUGACGGCGAGGAUCGUGGGGGCGAGAGGACUCCUUCCGACGCCGGUAUCCACCCCCGCUCGCCGUCGGUGCUCCGCACACAGGACUUCGAGGACAUAGGGCUUGGUGGGAGGUUGGGAGAUUUGAGUGUCGAGGGAUGUCGACGUGCCUCACUGCAAGAUGUGCGCACAGACGCGGACGUUGAGCGGGCCCUAGGGACUUGGAGACAGGAGGGUGGGGGAGCCGUGACGUCGACGACUCGGGUGUCCCUAAGAAGGCGGUUCAGGGGGAGUUUCGAUUAUGAGGGGCAGGAUGCCGCCGCGGGUGGUGGGUCAGGUGGUGGACGACGUGGCGACGAGGAGACCGCGGGUGUCCUUGAGGGGCAGGAUGUUGUCAUGGGCGGUGGGUCCCCUAAUGGGGGCCGUGGCGACAGCGAGACCGCGGGUGAUGAGGGACAGGAUGCCGCAGUGUGCGGCAGAGGAGAGGGUGGACCUGGUGAAGAUGGGGACACCGCGAGUGUCGGUGGAGACGAUGGACCGGACGACGACAAUGACGACGACCACGGUCCCGAGGAUGAUCCGUAUAGGCUCGCCUUGGUGUUGAGGGAUCCCACAGUGCCUCCGUUGCGCCCUGCCGACACAACACACACUUUCUUUGACGACAACGCUUUGGCGCAUGCGUUGACGGAUAACCCUUUCGCACACGUGAGCCGCAAAAGCGGCAAGCAGCGGGCCCCUUGGAGGGUAUAUUCACCGCCGCCGUUCACAGUGUAGAGCCCUCACUGGUCGGGUUUGUCGCUCAACGGCGUUAGAGGGAGGGAGUCCGGUGCGGGUGAGGUGGGGUCUUGCAGACACAG